AAAAAAUUCCACUCCGAAGUGAAACCAUACAUAUGCGAUACGUGCGAUAAAUCGUUCGUCAGGAUUCAUGAUUUAAAACAACACAUAAGGGCCCAUACUGGAGAAAAACCAUAUAAAUGUGAUGUAUGUGGCAAAUCGUUCAUUGACUCUUCUACAUUAAAUAAACACAUAAGGAUACAUACCGGUGAAAAGCCUUACAGUUGUGGUGUGUGUGGUAAGCAUUUCAAUCAAGCCAUUUCUUUGCGUCGCCACAAGGAGACCCAUAAAUAA